AUGGGUAUCAAGGGUCUCAAUGCGUUAAUACUGGAGAAUGCUCCAAAGGCCAUCAGGACUGGCGAGUUCAAGACCUUUUUUGGUAGAAAAGUGGCAGUUUUCAACCCCAGUUCCAUGUGCUUGUACCAGUUCUUGAUUGCCGUGCGCCAGCAGGACGGCCAGCAGCUCACUAACGAGCAAGGCGACACGACUUCGCAUUUGAUGGGUUUUUUCUACAGAACAAUUAGAAUGGUGAAUGCUGGAAUCAAGCCGUGCUAUGUUUUUGACGGUAAGCCUCCGGUUAUGAAAGGCGGUGAGCUGGAGAAGAGGUUGAAGAGAAGAGAGGAGGCCGAAAAGCAGGCCACUGAUCUGAAAGAGACCGGUACAGCCGAGGAGUUGCAGAAGUUUGAAAGGCGAACUGUCAGAGCGACAAGAGAACACAACGAAGACGCCAAAAAACUGCUGAAGUUGAUGGGAAUUCCCUAUGUGGAAGCUCCGUGUGAAGCAGAGGCCCAAUGUGCAGCUCUAGCCAAGGCCGGCAAAGUGUACGCUGCUGCCUCGGAAGAUAUGGACACUCUCUGUUAUGAGCCUCCGUAUCUUUUGAGAUAUCUGACUGCGUCUGAGGCAAGAAAACUGCCAGUGAACGAGAUAGACUACAAGAGAGUCAUGGAAGACAUGGAAUUAGACAUCGAUAUGUUUGUGGAUCUCUGUAUUCUACUGGGCUGUGACUAUUGUGAAACUAUCCGCGGAAUUGGCCCAGUCACGGCAUAUAAGCUGAUUAAGGAACACAAGUCGAUUGAGAAAGUCAUCGAAGCCAUAGAGGCUAACCCCAAGUCCAAGUACAAGGUUCCUGAAAACUGGCCGUUUGCUGAGGCUCGUCAAUUGUUUCUCCAUCCAGAGGUUCUGGAUUCAGACAAGGUUGAGUUGAAAUGGAGCGAGCCGGAUGUAGAGGGGUUGGUGGAUUACAUGGUGAAGCAGAACGGGUUUUCCGAACAGAGAAUCAGAGAUGGGGCUGAAAAGUUGAAAAAGGGAUUGAAGGGAAGUACCCAGGGCAGACUAGAUGGGUUCUUCUCCGUGAUGAAGCAAUCCAACACGAAUACUCCUGCAGGAAAGAAGAGGGCUGGUGAUUCGAAAGCUGAUAAGGGGAAGAAGAAGAAGGGUAAGAAGUGA